UGUCCGUGUGUGUACUGUUCUAUCUGGGGGCUGGGGCGAGUAGGAAUUGCAAAAUGUUGAGUGAGAAGACACUGCUUACAAACAUUCAGUCGGUGCAAUCGAGGAUGAUUGAAACGUUGUCAAUUUUUCUGGAUACCUAAAAUGGGAUAUUAGCUCGCCUGAUACAUUUUCAACGGGAAUUUAAAAAGGUGGCCAUCCAAUUGCCUGGAAUCACAUCUCAGGACCAGAUAGACAUCCAACUGAGCAUCUCAACUGUCCGAGUGGCGUUUUGUUCAGAAGCUCUUUUUGCGUGACAAGAUGACAGGAUCUCAGACCGUGACUUUCUCUUCUCAUCUGAUUACAUAACGCAGCCAUCAGCUAUGAUUCACUCGUACGUACAUAGCAGUCCCACCUAAGUAGUAGUAGCAUUGAGCUCAUUCCUCAGCUACCGCUUCAAACGAGAGGUGCAAGCCUCAUCCUAGUCGAGUAUGAGUUAUGACAUCACUCAGUCAGCGGCCAGCAACAACGCUCGUGGGCGAGGGACAAGGUUUGCAGACAAAGACAAUGACCAGGAGACUGAGUCCGAGCAGCUGAACGCCGCAAAAAGCACCGGUGACGAUGUUUCCGACCAGGGAAACAGGGCCGGGCGCGGGUCGUCCCCAAGCGAAGGAUCCGGCGAUCAGAGGGAGCCCAACUCUGACGACAUGGACGGCGGCCUCUCCAGCGGGAACGACUCCGGCGAAAGGGACACGGGUUCCCGCGGGCGCCAGUCCACACGCAGCUCGCACAGCUCGUCCAACGGCAAGGACUCGGGCAUGAUGGAAACCACAGAGAGCCAAAAGAGCUCCAACUCGCAGAGCCUGUCGCCUCCGAGCGGCUCGCUAGCCUACAGCCUGCUGUCCACCAGCUCCGAGCACGACCCGCCCUCCACGUCUGGCUGCAGCAGCAAUCAGUCGGCCAGGGCCCAAGGCCAGAAGGAACUCAUGAAGGCCAUCAAGGAGCUGAAGCUCCGCUUGCCAUCCGAGCGCAAGUCCAAGGGCCACUCCAGCACGCUGAAUGCGCUUAAAUACGCCCUGCAGUGUGUCAGACAAGUCCGAGGCCUGGAGAGUGUAAUCUGGAUUUUCUGGCAAACUCCUGCUGGGCCGGGCUGCAACAUAUGGUGUCAGUGUCUCGGCCAGCUACUCCAGUCCAUCCCCAACAAGGAGUACUAUCACCAAUGGAGUGUGGAAGAGUGCCACGGUUGUAGCCUGGACUUGUCUGCCUUCACAAUCGAGGAGUUGGACAACAUCACUUCAGAAUACACACUAAAGAACACGGAUACCUUCUCAAUGGCCGUGUCCUUCCUGUCCGGGAAGGUGGUCUACGUGUCACCCCAGGGAUCGUCGGUGCUGCGCUGCAAGCCAGAGCGUCUCCAGGGCACCAUGUUUUCCGAGCUUUUGGCUCCGCAGGACGUCAGCACUUUCUACAGUGGCACGGCGCCUUGCCGUCUACCCCUUUGGGCCUCCUGCAUGGGAUCAGCCUCGCCCGCUAUGGACUGCACUCAGGAGAAGUCCAUGUUCUGCAGAAUCAGCGCCAACCGGAUGCAGGGCGGCGAGGUGCGCUACUAUCCCUUCCGCCUGACGCCCUAUCAGCUCACCAUCCGAGAUUCGGAUACUUCCGAGCCGCAGCCCUGUUGCCUGCUCAUUGCGGAGAGGGUCCACUCUGGAUACGAAGCACCUCGGAUCCCUACAGACAAAAGGAUCUUCACCACCAGUCACACCCCCAGUUGCCUCUUCCAGGAAGUCGACGAGAGGGCGGUACCGUUGUUGGGAUAUCUGCCGCAGGAUUUGGUAGGAACCCCGACCUUGCUUUACAUCCACCCCGAAGACAGACCCACGAUGGUGGCCAUACACGAGAAGAUCUUUCAGUUUGCCGGCCAGCCGUUUGAGUAUUCGCCGUUGAGGAUGUGCGCCCGCAACGGGGAAUACCUAACCAUCGACACCAGCUGGUCUUCUUUUGUCAACCCUUGGAGCCGCAAGGUGGCCUUCAUCGUAGGGCGCCACAAAGUCAGAACGAGCCCGCUGAACGAGGACGUGUUUGCGGCGCAGGGCUGCGAGUCCCGCACCUCCACGCCCGAUAUAGUACAGCUGAGCGAGAAGAUCCACCGUCUGCUGGUGCAGCCGGUGCACAGCGCCGGGUCUCAGGGUUACAGCUCGUUGGGUUCCAGCGGGUCACGGGGCUCGCGGCACUCUCAGCCGCAGCGUCUCGGCGCCUCGGCCGCCUCCUCCAGCGACAGCAACGGGCCCGCCAUGGAUGACGGCGCGGUCGUGUUGCGCAAGCCUAUGACCUUUCAGCAGAUCUGCAAAGACGUUCACAUGGUCAAGACAAACGGGCAGCAGGUUUUCAUCGAGUCUCGAAACAGGCCGGCCCCUCGAGCAAAUCGCAGCACAGUUGCCACGAGCAGGCCGAGAGCCAUCAACAGUGAACCCGUUCGAGGUCUCAUCGCUGACAUGACCGAACCACUGAAAGAUUUCCUGCCUGCUUCGCUGGUACAGAAAGAGUCCCCACCGGGAUAUUCCUACCAACAGAUCAACUGUCUCGACAGUAUCAUCAGGUACCUGGAGAGCUGUAACAUUCCUAAUACGGUCAAAAGGAAGUGCGGCUCCUAUUCGGGCACAUCAGCUUCCGAUGAAGACAAGCAGCAGGACGCCGGCGGGAACGUCAAAGGUGCGUCGGUCGGCCGGGUCGGCAAACCCCCUCCGCUGCCCCCGCUGACGUUAGCCAUGAAGGCGGAGAGCGUGGCCUCCGUCACGUCCCAGUGUAGCUUCAGUAGCACCAUCGUGCACGUGGGAGAUAAGAAGCCGCCGGAAUCAGACAUUGUGAUGGAGGAGGCCCCGAGCACUCCAACACUCACGCCUCCUAACCUCUCGAGUGGGCCAGCUACCAUCUCCAUUCCUCCUCCUCCUCCUCCCCCUCCUCCCCCAAUGGCUAUGCCCCCUCAAGCUGCACCGCCAACUCAGCCGGAGAGGGACAGCCGGCCCGCCGGGGGCGGCCGUCUGGGUCUGACAAAAGAGGUGCUGUCGGCGCACACGCAGCAGGAGGAGCAGGCCUUCCUCGACCGAUUCAAAGACCUCAGCAAGCUCCGCAUUUUCGAUCAGACCACAUCUUCGACCGUGCGCUGCCAAGCGCCCGCCGCCAACCCUCUGGCGCGAGGAGUGCGUUGUUCUCGGGACUACCCGGCCGCGGGAGGCGGCUCCAGUCACAGACGUGGCCGUGGCGGAAAGAGGCCCAGGCACCAGGAGUCAUCUGAGCAGCAAAGCUCUCUGGGGCUCACGGGGAUGCACCAAGAUCCCAGAAGCAGAGCGGCAGCCGGGCCCCUCAACAUCGGAGCCCCCGCAAACUCCUCCUCCUGGCCGUCUGUUUGCUCUCAGCCCAGUAUUCCCGCUGCUCCGUUUGCACCCGGCAUGGUUCCGAUCUACCCGGCCUACCCGCCGUUCUCUCAGCCCUUAACCGCACCAGAUGCGUCACGUUUCCCCCCUGCCCAGAUGGUGCCCCCCAUGAUGGCCUUGGUUCUUCCCAACUACAUGUUCCCCCAAAUGGGGGUACCCAUUUCUCAGCAAGGCGCCCCGCCCUUGCAGUUUUUCAAUCAAAACUAUAACUACCCCAGCAUCGCUCAAGCCCCGGUUCCGGCCCCCGCAGCAGUUUGCAACCUCGUGUCCGUACCUGGCACGGGUGCGGCGUCUCGUAGCAGCACUCCCCAGUCCUACACGCAGAUCCCCGCCGAUCACGAGAGUGCCCACUCCCCCCUCUUCCAGUCCCGAUGCUCCUCCCCCCUCAAUUUGCUGCAGCUGGAGGAGUCAACAAGCAACCGGUUAGAGGCCGCCACCGUACUGGCGGCUUCUCAGCAAACCACGCCCACCGUGCAGGGUGGCACGGGCGGUGUGCAGAGCUCAGCCAAUCAGAGGAGCUCAGAUGACAACACCAAGGAGAAUCAUAACGGGGAAGCCAAUGAAUCCAACAACGACGCCAUGUCGACUUCCAGCGAUUUGCUGGAUCUGCUAUUGCAGGAAGACUCGCGUUCUGGAACAGGAUCCGCCGCCUCUAGAUCCGGAUCAUCAGGCACCAGGUCCUCGGGUUCUGGCUCCGGCUCCAACGGAUGCUGCUCCUCCGGCACCAGUGGCACCAGUAGCAGCCAGGGCAGCCACACCAGCAAAUAUUUUGGCAGCAUCGACUCGUUAGAGAACGACCACUCCCGCAAGCAGCCAGCAGGGGGCGGUGACGGUGGCGAGGAACAGUUCAUCAAAUGUGUCCUGCAGGACCCCAUUUGGCUGUUGAUGGCCAACAAAGACGACAAGGUCAUGAUGACCUACCAGCUGCCCAUCAGGGACAUGGACGCGGUGCUGCGAGAGGAUCGCGAAGCGCUGAGGGGCAUGCAGAAACACCAGCCCCGUUUCACGGAAGAUCAGAAGAGGGAAUUGAGUCAGGUGCACCCGUGGGUGCGCACAGGACGCCUCCCCAGAGCCAUCAACAUCUCCGGCUGCUCCGGCUGCAAGUCCCCGACAUUGGUCCCCCACGCCACCCCCUUCGACGUGGAGAUCCACGAGAUGGAGCUCUGCAGCGUGCUUAAGACGCAAAAGGAGGUCAAGAAAAACUCGUCAGAGGCAACCGAGGAGAAGGAGGACCACGACGAGGAAGAUGAGGGGGACGAGGAGGAAGGCAAAACACAAGAAAGCUGCCAAGCGCUGACCGCAGAUAAACACAGAGCGACGCCGGAGGGGGCGGAAGAGGACAACGCUCUGCCGCCACAGUCUGACAUGAGUCACUAAGUCAGCGGCCAAAGAUGGCACAACUUUUUAGAACUUUUUAAUGUGCGCUUUCCUGAAGCACACAUACAAUGACAUCAUCAUGAGACGUUGGAGCACUCAGGGUUUCAGACUCGCCGUCUCAACUAAAUCCCGACUGACAUUUACGUUGACGUGUGAGACCUUCUGGAAUCCACACGAUGCGCCUUCCUCUUUCGUGGGUCAUAUUUAUUGAAGUAGGAAGACGAGUCACAAAAAAAAAAAAGCACCUGUCAUGUAUGAUAGAUGUGCUUCACUGACAUUCUGUGUGAUGUUCACCUCUGUGACCUCCAGCUACGAAUGUUGCGGGAUCCGGCUUCUCUAUUGCUCCUAAUCACGUUGUCGGCUUGUGUAAAUAAAAAGGACGCUAAAUGUACAGUACAGUGAAAGACGGGCUGACUUUAUUUUGUUAAAAUGUGUAUAUUUUUAUAUGUUCACCCACUGAGAAUUGAGAGCGGACGACGGACCCGAGCUUGUGCCAUGUAUAAAAAGUUUAUUAAAGAGGGCCUUGCUCGGGGGUGCAGUAAAGAGAGACAGCACGAGUGUGGUGAAGUCCUAAAAAACAAAAUCCCAUUUACAUAUUCCCUUUUGUCCCUCUCUGUGACGCUAUUGUGGUCAAGUGAUACUCUGCUUCAUGGCGUCGCUGCUGUCAAUUGCUUUCAAAUUUGGGUGAAAUCCUUUGUACAAAAAAGACAAUAAAACAACUUCAAAUGU